CGUGUCUCCAAAAAAUUAAAGAAAAAUCGUUGACAAAUUUUUUUCACUUCCAUCGACUUUUUUCGAUUACUGGGGAAUUUCUUUUUUCCAUCAUUUUAAUUGGAUCAUUCAUUAUACGUGAAUGAGAUUCCACAGUGCAAAAGACUGUUACAAUACGAAAGUGGAGAAAUAUGAAAGCGACAGUACCGAUGCAACAGCCAGGAAGAAAUUCAUGCCUCUCCUCGACAAGGGCGAUGCUGGAGCUGACAAGUUUCAGGGUUAAAAUAAAGUCAUCAAGCCUUCUAAACUCUUCCACAAUUUCUCCAACAUCAGUAAAUCAAUAACGCAAUUAAAAUACCAACGCUCGAUCGUUAGAACCGAUUCGAUCUAAAGAAACAAUAAUAAUAAUUAAACCAGAGUGAGUCAUGAAGGAGAAGUCCGGUGCUAUGACGAAAAACUACCUCCUUAGUAUGUACAAAAAUCCAACGAAAACCGAAUUGAGAUCAUUGUCCUCAAGACACAAGAUAUAAUAAAUGAAUAAUUCGAGGGGAUAAACAAAGUGAGGACUGACAAUUUUCAUGUACAUAUUAAUGUACAUAUGAUACAUGUAUAAAUGUGUAUAUAUCACUGAGUUGUAUAUACACUUGAUUAAUUAUUGUAAAUUGAAAAGGAGAAAUUGAGUAGAGUGAAUUGAAAACAAUUCUCAUUAAUUUGAGAUUGAUACGGAAGAGUGAGAGGAAUAUUGCAGGGUGAAACAGUUGAGAUUGAGCAGAAAAUAUGUCUGAACCGUACGACGAGAGUUUAGUAUGGCUGGUGGUGAUUGGGUUUAUUGUUGCAUUUAUUCUUGCCUUUGGAAUAGGCGCUAAUGACGUUGCUAAUAGUUUUGGUACUAGUGUUGGUGCUGGUGUACUGACGGUCUUUCAGGCUUGUGUACUGGCCACUUUUUUCGAGAUUGCCGGAGCUGUUUUGAUUGGAUAUAAGGUGUCUGAUACGAUGCGAAAAGGAAUAUUGGACGUGAGCCUUUAUGAAGGAUACGAGAAAGAAUUAAUGGUUGGUGCUCUCUGCAGUCUCGCAGGUUCAGGAAUAUGGUUGUUGCUGGCAACUGCCCUCAGAUUACCAAUUUCCGGUACUCAUUCGAUUGUCGGAGCUACCGUCGGAUUUUCACUCGUUUGCCGAGGCACAAGAGGGGUGCGAUGGAUGGCCCUGGCGAACAUUGCAGCUUCGUGGUUCGCAAGCCCCAUGAUGAGUGGCCUCGUGUCUGUAGGGAUCUUCUGGCUCAUACAAAAGUUCAUUCUGAGAGCUAGAAAACCAGUUGAUGUGGGAUUGAAUGCUCUGCCAGCCAUUUAUGGUGCUACUGUUGCUGUCAACAUUCUUUCGGUGCUUUUGGACGGCCCAAAACUAUUGAUGCUGGAUCGCGUGCCCUGGUGGGGAAGUUUGAUAGGAGCUGCUGGCAUCGGUCUUUUCUCAUCGGUAAUUGUUUACGUUUUUGUGGUGCCAGUGCAACGUCGAAGAAUCCUACUGUCAGAAGCAGCAGACGGUCCAAUCACCUUUGGAACAUGCGACAAGAAGGAAACAACUGCCCUAUCUGUCAUCACCGAGACUCGCAUCCCCCCAUCGACUCCCAAGGUUGAAAAUCCCAGCCAACAGCCAACAUUACGUGGGAACAGCAGUGCCAGUCCCCUAUUGAUGACAGGUGGAGGGACUGAUCCCAAUGAAGACCUAGACCUCGAAAAUGCUGGGAGACAGGCUGAGGAGAAUCCAGACAUUGCAAAACUGUUUUCCUUCCUCCAAGUGCUCACUGCGGCCUUUGGAAGCUUUGCACAUGGGGGAAAUGAUGUCAGCAAUGCGAUUGGACCUCUCAUCGGACUGUGGGCAGUUUAUGCUGAGGGAAAUGCCAAACAAGAGGCUGAAACGCCAAUUCUUAUUCUUUUGUAUGGAGGAUUAGGAAUUUCCGCGGGACUGUGGAUCUGGGGACGACGAGUCAUUCAGACACUGGGUCAAGAUCUUGCGCGAAUCACUCCGACUACUGGAUUCACUAUUGAGGUUGGAGCUGCAGUGACCGUCCUGCUUGCCAGCAAAGCUGGUCUCCCCGUCUCCACGACCCACUGCAAGGUAGGCUCAGUGGUUUGCGUCGGCUGGGCUUCUCGGGGUGGUGAGGGUGUCUCCUGGAAGCUCUUCCGCAACAUCGCCUUCGCCUGGUUAAUAACCGUACCAGUUGCUGGUCUCCUUUCUGCCGGAUGUAUGCUCGCCAUGAAACAAAUUGUAGAUCUGUGAUUGAAUAUUGAAUAAUCAAGGAAUAACCAGAAAAUCUUCGGAUUUUUCUUCGGCUUCGAUAAUAAUUUUAAGGAUAAAAAAUCAACGCCAGUUGAAUCAUCAAAGCGCUCAGCUGAGCGUCAAGUUGUCAAUAACGUAUUAAGAAGACGGAUGAGGCGAAUAAAAUAUCCCUAAUUAACAUAGGCGGAUAAUUGAUUAAAAAGCAGUAUUUCCGAUGAUUUAUCGCAUUUAACCGAGCUUAAUGGAAAUAAUUAUUUUUAUUCCAUUUAUUAUCUUUUUCUAUUUUAUGUUACUUAGCAACGAGCAAAGUUAAUCGAUAAGUAAACAGUUAUUUCACGCCAAUGGCAAGUGUAGUAUUUUCAGUGAUUAAAAUCAUAUUUUUUA